AUGGCCGAACCCGAAGAUACACCACAGGUCAAUGACCCUCGCGCCGAGUCGAGCAGCGACAGCGAGUCCCUACACGGCGCCCCUGAUCACGACGAUGUCCCGCAAUUGGAGUCGCACGCAGAGCCUGCGCCGCGCGAGCUCACAGACGUGGCUGUGAGGACGAAAUCACAAGCCGGCGCACCUGAGGAGGGAUCGGAAAUGGGCUCCAUUGAUAUGGGAUCUGUCGAGGGCCUGCCGAGGAGAGUGGAUAGUCCCAUUGACUCUGUGCUGUCAGGGCCCGACGAGACACCAUCCGUACAGGGCUCCGUCGUAUCCUCCCUCGGGAGCAGCGUAUUGCCGUCAGUCGCCUCGCGCCCUGGCCUCGGCAGUCCGACCCCUUCUUUCCGGCCCUUCGACCGACGCUUCAAAUCGCGAAUAUCUUCCUCGGGAACAUUGAGCCCUCGAGCCCAGUCGCCCGCCUUCCUCAGCCCACAUAGCCGCCAUGCUUCUCUCAGCUCCAACUUUGUACUCGACCAGUCGGAAACAGAGACGUCGUCACCGCCAUGGGAGGUUGUCAGGUGGACGCGCCUAAAGAAGCUCAACGGGCAGGCCUUUUCCGAAGCUGGCAAACGAAACUUUGGCUCCCCAACUUGUCUGGCGGUCUCGGCGUCUAUAGUGCUUGGGACAUCAAAAGGGAUCAUCCUAAUAUUCGACUAUAAUCAGAACCUCAAGAUGAUUCUCGGGCCAGGGACAAAGGCAGUUGAGUCAGGGUCCAUUACGUCGGUGGCCAUCUCAGCAGAUCAUACGACGGUGGCGGGUGGACACGCGAAUGGCAACAUAUUUACGUGGGAUACGAGCCGCGCAUCGAGACCUUUCUUGACCAUCCCGCACCUGGACGAGUCACAGGCAGAGCAACGGACCGCAGAUGGGCAUGUCCCCAACGCAGCGGUGACGCACUUGGGCUUCCUGGGCACGAGGCACACGGCACUGGUGUCCGCGGACGAAAAGGGCAUGGCAUUCUCACACCUGGCGACGCGCGGGACCGGAUCUUUAGGGCGCACCGUGAAGACAACCAGGAUCCUGGGGCGCUACCCGAACGCGCCUAUAGCGGCCGGCAAGUCUCUCAAACCAAGCACUGUGCUGGCGUUUUCGCCUCUGCCUCUCGGUAACGUCGAGCGCGCCACAGACACAAUGGGGUUGACGGCGAUGCUUACGCCCUACCUACUCGUCAUCGUUUCGACUACGCCGGUGGCGCAAACGCAGCACAAGUCAGCGCGCCCCAAGGACAUACAAGCGCAUAGUCCAAUGACCGGCUGCCUGGCUUGGUUCCCGGCCGUGAAGCUCAAGGUGCCCGAUGCCCACACGGGCAGCGACGUGUCCCUGGUGAAGCUCGCCUACUGCUGGUCCAACGUGCUCACGGUACUCGACGUAGAUGAGAUUCCAGGCGAGGACAAGGACCAACCGUCGACAUUGCGAUUUAAAGCACGAAGCCGGUGGAAGUGCGAGGAGGCGAUUGCCGCGGUGCAAUGGCUUAGCCGCUCCGUCAUUGUCGUCUUGACGCUUUCGCAGCGGCUGAUUGUGCUGGAGGACCGCAGUAUGCGGCAGACGGAAGCCUUCGACCUGAUCCAGAAGCAUGUUUACCAUGUGGAUCUGUUCUCACGCCAACUGCACGCCCUGGUCGAGCAACUGGACGAGGAGGAUCCCACCAUGCACGGCGUGGUGGGGGACGCCUUCUACAUGAGCCUCAAAGCCUACAAGGGGAGGAUAUUCCUUUUGGGAUUCGGCGAUGUGUCCAUAGGCGCACUGUCAAAUUGGGCGGACCGCCUGAUCGCCAUUAUGGAAAAUGGCGAUUAUAUUGCCGCCAUCCAGUUAGCCACGUCCUACUACACAGGCGACGCGGACAAGCUCACCGUAGGGCUGCCUGAAGAUACGGCGACACGGCAGGGCAUGGUGCGCGACAAGAUCAUGGAAAUCAUGACCGCAUCGCUGAAGUAUGCUUUCAAUCAGCGCGAGCAGUCUAGUGGUGACGCGGAUAAUCAGCAGAUGAAGCAGCUUGCUGAAACUUGCUUCAUUGCCUGCCAAAGUGUUGGCGACACGGACUACCUCUUUGACGAAAUGUACGAGUGGUACGAGGAAGCCGGACUGGAGGGCAUCUUUCUGGAAGCUCUCGAGCCCUAUAUUCUCGAGCGUACCAUCACAAUGGCGCCACCAACAGUUCUCAAAGACAUGGUUUCUUACUAUGUGUCCAAAGGGUGGGAAGGUCGUCUGGAAGAGAUGAUCUGUCACAUGGAGACGGCGACGAUGGACCUGGACCAGACAACGCUACUAUGCAAGCAACAUGGUCUGUACGACGCCUUGACAUAUGUAUGGAACCAAGCGAUCGGGGACUACAUCACACCGAUGAUCGACCUGCUCACCCUCCUCAUACCGUUCAUCUCCAACGACGGCAUGGCCGUGGACAUUGGGGAAGACUACUUUGGUGUCAACGCGCUGAAGAUAUUCCCGUACCUGGCAUACACCUGGACCGGCAGAAUAUACCCCAACGGCGAGCCCAUGGACGAGGAGUCUGCUACAAAGGCCAAGGCGGAAAUCUACUGGUUCCUCUUCUCCGGGAAGACCAUUGCCUGGCCCAAGGAAGGUGGGCAGGAGUUUCUCACGCGGCCGCGCGACGAGGACCAGCCCUCUUUUCCCUAUCUUCGACUGAUUCUCAAGUUCGAUGCCCCCAGCUUGCUCAGUGCCCUGAACGAAGCCUUUGAGGAUAGCUUCCUCAACGACUCGACGGACAAGCAUAUCAACGGCAACAGGAUGGAAAUGCCCGAGGAGCAGAUAUUCGGGCAAACGAUCAAUCGCCAAUAUGUCAUGUCGAUUCUACUCGACGUCAUGAACCCAAAUGACUUUGCGCCCGAGGAUACCAUCUACCUGGAUAUGUUCGUUGCGCGAAAUCUGCCCAAAUUCCAGCAGUAUCUCUUAUUCUCGGGAUCGACCCUUUCCAAGGUGCUGAAUGGGCUGUGCAACUAUCCCGGCGACGACCUGGCCGAGGACGCGCAGCUCAGCGCGGAGUACCUGUUGUCUGUGUACCGUCCCUCCGACAUGGCCGAGUUGAUGCCCUUGUUCAAACGAGCGGGCUUCUACCGAAUCUUGAAGAGGACGUACAAGUCGGAGCAGCAAUACGGCAAGCUGAUUGAGACGUAUUUCGAGGACCCGGAAGAGCAAGACGCGGUGUUUGAGUGUAUCACCAGCUGCCUCCGUAAACAGAGCGGACUCAGCAAUCGUCAGCUGAAUGAGGUCAUGGAGGUGGUCCGCCACCAUGCGAGGGACUUGCUUGAAAUUGACCCUGAGCGGACGGCGCGGACACUCGCCAGUCACGGGCACGAGCUUCACCUGACCGUACUAGAGUCGGCUGACGACGCACAGGAGCUGCGGUACGGAUUCCUCAAGGCCUUGCUUGAGCCAAACAGCUCGGGCAAGGAAGAUCGAGAGAGCCCGAAUCGCGAUCUCAUCGAGAAGUAUGUCCAGCUCAUGUGCACGUAUGAGCCAUCUCACGUAUCGGAGUACGUGGGCGUGGUGCAGUCUGCCAAUCUCCGUCUCGACAAGUUGCUGCCUACCAUGGAAGAGACAGGUGUGAUCGACGCUGCCGUCGUCCUGAUGGCACAAGACGGUCAAAUCAAGGAGGCCAUGGAUCGCCUAGUGAAGCACUUGGGCAGUCUCGAGUCUGCCCUGCAGGGUCUCCUGGGCGGCACAAGCGGUAGAACCGAGUCGUACAUGGUACCGUCUGCCACGGAAGAGUUGCUGGUCGGGCUGCAGAAUUAUGUGCACGUUGGCAUCUGGCUCUGUCAAGGCCAGACCAAGACGUCUAAGCGAGUCAAUGUCGUGUCGAAGAAGCAGCAGCAAAAACGGGCGGACAUGCUGUCCGCUGACGAGCAGCUCUGGCUGAGCCUCAUUGAUGCCUGUGUGCAGAUCACCAGGCGUCUGUCGCCCACGAUCGCGGCCUUGGCCGACCAAGCCGACACUGUUGACGAGAUAGACGGGGACCGACUCUUGGCUCUGCUGCGAUCGCUCGUGCAACACACUUUCACGUCCCUAUUGACAGCCACAUCUAGCCACGCCGGCUCUCUCAAACCCGGAUCCAAGCUCAUAUCGAACGCUGCUUCCAACUUGUCCUUCCUUCGUAUUCUGCGGGCUUUUCUGACCCAGGCCGCCGCCGAGUCACCCAACCUGGCCGACUUGCGAGGUGUGCUGGCAUCCAUUUUCGCUGCCUACGCGUACGAAGAGUCGAUCCUCAAGCUGUCCAACCGCCUGCUCGAGCGGAGCCUGUACGUCAACGUCCAGCAGGCCGUGCAACUGCGUCAACGCGGCUGGCGGCCCAGGGGCUCCACGUGCGAAGCCUGUGGUCGCCGGGUCUGGGGCCCGGGUGUCCCUGGCGGCGCCGUCUUCGACGCAUGGGAGGAUAAACAGACGCACGACGAGGAGAAGCGCAGAGAGCGAAAGGCGCGUGCAUAUGAGCGUGCCAAAGGCAGCAGCGGCUCCGUUGUCGAUGCUGGUGGGAAGGGGAAGGGUAAGAGCCUUGCCCCCCGGCCCUCGAGUAUGCUCCUCGAGCAGGAGAAUCCCAAGGCGGCGGAGGUUGAACCCGAGGCGAAGAAGGAAGUGUUGGGCCCGCUCGUCGUGCUGGCUUGUCGGCAUGUGUAUCAUCAGGUCUGUCUGGACGCGGUGCAAGAUAGACAAGGGGACGGCGGGCGUGAGAGGGAGUACAACCUCCCUCUCAAGGGACUCAUCCACCAAGAUGAGCUGGAUGGACUCAUGACAAUGGCGUCCAUCUCGUCGGACGACGACGAGGAAUACCUCUCCUCCGACCACUCAUCGCCAUCGCCUCCUCGCCAGCCGAGCCAGAACUUCUUCGCGCCCCCCUUCUACGGGCGCCCGCCUACGCCGCUGCCACCGUCCCCUUCCUUGACCUCGCUUCUGCGCCCGUCGCGACCAACGACACCCGACGCCUCGGACGAUGACGCGCUCGCCGCCGUGGUCCCCCGCGCAGCCCCCAAAGUUCCGACAUACGAGUACUACGGCUUCGUGCUCUACCUGUUCAGCAGCCUCGCAUUCCUCAUCUACCUUCUGUGGGCCUACCUGCCCAGCCCCUUUCUGCAUGUGCUGGGGAUCUACUACUAUCCCAACCGCUGGUGGGCUCUCGCCGUGCCCGCCUUUCUCGUCAUGACGGUGGUCUACAUCUUUGUCGCGCUGGCGCUCUACAAUACCGAGAUGCUCACGCUGCCGCUCGGGGACGUGGAGACGGUCGUGGACGGCGCCGGGCAGAUUGCCGUGAUCGACAGCCAGGGGCGGCUCAUGGUGGGAAAGAACAAGGGCAGAGGGGAGAAGAAGGUGGAUGAGGAUGGCAACAUGAGGUGGAGGGAGGUGUGGAGUGAGAGUACAGAUGCGGUCUUGGACGUGCCACUCGGAGGAGUGUGCGAAGUCCUCUAUGGCGAAGGGAGAAGCGACGUCGCCACGGAUGGGGUUUUUGAUCUUGCGGACAAUUGA